GUGGCGAACUCGUUGGGCAGCGCCGCACAUCAUGCAGCUCUCAGAGUCAAAGUCACAGUGCUCAUGCCAAUGCCAAUGGAGUGUUCGUCGCCCAGUCACGACUCCUUGAAGCUGGAUCAACACUCCAGCCUGUACUGAUCAGCGUUUAAUGCAGGUAUCCUGACUCCUUUGUAGGAAGAGGCGAACCGAAGGACUAGAGCGCUCAGCUGCAUCAAAACCGUGCUCGAGCCAUCAUCCAGCUUCUCUCCUCCUCUGCAUGCUCUGAAAGAUCCGAUCAGACAUCGUAUUGGUCCUGCUGCAGCUUGCGAAAGAGAUCCAGCUGUCAGAAGUAGAAAGUUGCAGUGCUCUUUGAUCUGACAAGGCAGCAUUGCCUCGAGACAUUGACCUCAGCUACCUUGAAGCGUUGUAAGGGGCGAUUUGACAGCCUUCUUUUCCAUGAAGUAGAGCAACACGAAGUGUGAAGUGUGAUCCCCCCACUUUGGAUUGUCUGGUUCUUGGAAGGCACACCGUCCGCCAUGUCGCGCUUUGUGCUCCAGGCAAUGAGCAAGGCCCCCACGCCCACGCCGGGGGGGACCCAAAAACAAAAUGGCACCAGCUCGCCGGAGGGUACUCAACCAAAGCCCAGUCCGAAGCCCACUUCUGCGCUAACCAGCGCGCUCUCACAGCAGAAGAAUGCAGAGGCGGAAGUGGGCAGCGGACGACUGGAGACCAUUCUGUCAGAACCGUCUAGCAGCCCAUCGUCGGAGUCAGCAAUCUCAAGUCUUCAAGAAGCGCAACUCUGCCCACCAGACGCCUUCCCCUGCCUCUACUUCCGCGAGUUGACCGGAGCUGUGGACGUUUCCAUGUUUGAGGAGGACAGCGCGGCCGUCUCUCUGCGCGUGGGCACGCCCAUCAACGAGUGGAGCCUCGGGCGGAGCGCCGGCUCCAGCCUCAGCCGCAGCCUGGGGGGGAGCUUCCUGGGGCGGGACGACACGGGAACGCCGGUGGCGGACUACGAGGAGAACCCAUUUAGCCGGCGGGCGGCCGAGUUUGUGCCCUCCCCCAACUUGAACAAUGCGCGGUGGAACGCACUUGGGUCCCCGUCCAUCGAAGCUAAUUACCUGACAGAGGCAGUGGUCGGGUCGCUGCCCAAAGCGAUGACACCCUCAGAGCGCACGCGCAUGAGCAGCAGGCUCGGCGCGUCGCCCUCACUCAAAGACGUCAAAGACAUACCCGAGGAGCGAAUCUCUGCCCGCACCGUGGAAGGCCGCGCAUUGCGGCGGCGUCUCCUCAAGGGAAAAGUGAUGAUCUUCAUCACGGCCGGGUACUCCGGGAAGCGCUUCAUCUACGAGCGGAUCAAGGAGCUGGGCGUGCGCAGCGUGAUGAUCGACGGGCCCGAGAGCUGGAGCCGCAUUCUAGAGGACGAGGGCGUGCUGGAAAAGUUCGUGCCCUUCGACUGGUCCGACAACGACACCGUCUUCGACCGCUGCCUCGAAGCGUGCAAGCGAGUGGAGCAGGAGCUGGGCCAGGUAGACGGCGUGGUGAGCUUCUGGGAGAUUGCGCAGCCGCUGGUGGCGCGCCUGGCCGAGACGCUGGGCCUGCCGGGUAACCUGCCCGACAGCGUGGACGCGGCGCGCGAGAAGCAGCGCACGCGUGCCGUCAUGGCGGAGGUCGGUCUGCCCACGCCCAAGAACCUGCUCAUCUCCGGCUUCGAAGACCUGCGAAAGGCCGCGCAGCACGUCGGCUUCCCUGCGGUCAUCAAACCCAUCUCGGGCGCGGCUUCGUUGGGCGUGGUGCGGGUGGACAGCUACGAGGCCCUCGAAACGACGUACAAAAGGGCCAUGGCGGAGAUGGGCGCCAUUCGGCUGGACAAGGACGGCAACUUCGUGUCGGCCGACAGCGACCUCGCCGUCAAAGAGCAAACGGGCGCGGCGGGCACUGCGUACGUGGCCAACCUGUUUCUGAUGGAGCAGUACCUGGACGGGCCCGAGGUGGACGUCGACGUGCUGCUCUCCAAGGGGGAACCCGUCUACGGCAGCAUCACCGACAAUUGGCCGACGAUCGAGCCGUACUUCAACGAGACGGGGUCCAACUGCCCGUCCAUUCUGCCCCUGGACCAGCAGAAGCAGCUCUGCCAGCUGGCAGUGCAGGCGGUGAAGGCGCUCGGGUUCACCAUGGGGGCCUUCCACGUGGAGGGCAAGUACACCUCGCACGGGCCGCACAUCAUCGAGGUGAACGCGCGCAUGGGCGGCGGCCCCGUGCGCGACAUCAACAAGAUCGUGUACGGCGUGGACCUGAUCGAGGAGCACCUGCUGACGGCGGCGGGCAUCCCCACCAAGCCGCUCGUGGCGGCGCGGCCGCUCAAGCACAUUGCGGAGUACUCGGUAAACGCCAAGCAGACCGGCGUGCUACUCACCAAGGACUACCUCCAGGACUGGGUUGAUCACCCGGACGUGUUGUACAUUAGGGCGCUGGUGGACGAGGGCCAACGGGUGGUGUGCGCGGAGGACGGCAUGCCCACGUGGAUGUACGAGAUGAUGAUAACCAAGCCCACCGUGGAGGAGGCCAUCGAGUUCAUCAAGGGCAUCGAGGAGGCCGUGCACAUCCCCAUUGCUAAAGUCGCAGCGCUCAAGUAGAAGCCACACUGCCGGGUUGGACUGCGGCCGACAGCUUGCAUUGCCAGCGAGCUGCGCGCUUGUGUCUCAUUGGUAUUUUGCGCGUGCUUCAUCUAGGGACUAAAUAAUCGUCAAGCCAGUUUUAACUAAUCCGGAACGGUUUGCACAAAGCUAGCCGCACGCUUGUGGACUAGCCGCCAUGUUAAUGGGUUUUUAAUUAAGUAUUCAGCUUAUGGCUGGCGGAGC